CACACACACAAUAGCAAUGGAGGGUUCAGCACAAAUCACUGUAUCGGAAUCUCAUUCAAUUGAGGAGGAAAAGACACCGAUGUCAUGGGAUGAAAUAAUAGAAAAAAGUUUAUCAAAUUUUGGUUGGAUGGAUUUCUUUCAAGCUGUUCUUGUAGCAUUUGCUAUGUUCUUUGAUGCACAACAGUCAUUCAUAAGCAUUUACACUGAUAAUUACCCAAAAUGGCACUGCACAAACACAAACACAAAUUCAUCAUGUACUUCGUCCUCUGAUAUUUGCAAACUCUCAAGAUCUUCUUGGUCUUGGGACACACACCCUUCAAACACAAUCAUUUCUCAUUGGAAUCUUGAAUGUGCUAGCACAUUCAUCACAGGUUUACCACAAUCUUCUUUCUUCAUAGGUUGUUUUUUUGGCUUUUCCUUUCUUGCAGCAUUAGCUGAUUCAUCUUUUGGUCGAAAAAACAUGUUAUUCUUUUCUUGUGUUCUGAUGUCAAUAACUUCCAUUCUGAUAAUCUUUUCCACUAAUGUUUGGAUUUACUCUGCCUUGAAAUUCUUGAUCGGUUUCUGGCGUUCAUCCAUUGCCACGUGUGUUCUUGUUUUGCUUACCGAGAAAGUUAACGCAGAAUGGCGAUUUAGGGUUGGAAUUCUUGAGUAUUUUACUUUCACAAUGGGAUACAUGUGUUUACCUGGUUUCGCUUAUAUUAACCGAAACUCUUCUUGGAAAUCUCUCUACCUUUGGUCGUCAAUCCCUGCUAUAUGUUACUCUGUCAUUGCUUAUUUCUUCGUUACUGAGUCGCCAAGGUGGCUUAUUAUGCAAGGUCGAGAGAAAGAAAUUAUAAAAAGGCUCAAAAGAGUUUUAUCAAAAGAAAGUGUUGAUGAUGAUGAUAACACUAAUCUAGGUUCGAGUUUACCAAAACCACCCACAAAAGAAAAGGUUACAAUUUUUCAACAUUACUCUUCAAUAGGUGAAUUGAUUCAUAAAAGAUGGGCUCUUAUAAGAAUAAUAGCUGUUAUGAUUCUUGGAAUUGGAAUUGGAAUGGUUUAUCUUGGUAUGCCACUAGCAGUUGGAAAUUUGGGAUUCAAUAUUUAUUUGGCUGUGGUUUUUAGUGCUUCAAUGGAAAUACCCUCAUGUGUAGCAACAUAUUUCUUGGAAAACUAUAGAAGAAAACCUUCAAUUCUUGUUUUCUCAAUCUUAGGUGGAAUUUGUUGUGUGAUGUGUGCUGUUGUUGAGAAUAGAGUACCAACAGUUAAAGUGGUGUUAGCAAUGGUUGCGUUUUUCGGCGCUUGUACGGCUUAUAAUGUGUUUCUAAUAUACAUUAUAGAGUUGUUUCCGACAUGUGUGAGGAACACAACAACUUCGUUGGUGAGACAAGCGAUUGUGUUCGGUUGCAUAUUCUGUCCCUUUUUGAUAUCUGCUGGGAGGAAAAAUAAUAUUUUCUCUUAUGGUGUGUUUGGAGUUGUUAUCAUGUUGUCCAAUUUCACAUUGUUGUGUUUGCCAGAGACCGAAGGGAUUGUUCUUUGUGAUACAAUGGAUCGGCAAGAGAAGAAAGAAAUAGCUCUAUGUGAUACCAUGAAUCAAGAAAAAACAUAAAAUGUUUUCUUGUAAGAGGCGUUCAUUUUCAUUCAAACCAAUUAGUUCUAAGGUUGUAGUUUUUUUUUUUCUUGGUUAAAUUUAGUAGUGUUCAAUCAAUGUACUUUUUUCUUGUCAAGUAUGGUUAAUAAUGAUACAUUUUAAGUUCUAUAUAUUGUGCAUUCCAUUAAUGGAUCUGUACAAUACUACCAUAAGCCAAUAGGUAAAUGCAAUUUGACUGCAAAUUUCCUGAUUGUGACACUCUUAAUUGUAGAAUGUUA